CACCGUCUGCGCCGCGCGCGGCAGAAACAGGAAGUGGGACCAAAACAAAGGAGCGGCGGCGGGGAGCGGGCCUUCCUCUUUCUCCCUCUUCCGAGCCCAUUUUGGCCCUGGCCACCGACCCUAGGGAGCCGUCCGACUAUGUCCAACAUGGAAAAACACCUGUUCAACCUAAAGUUCGCCGCCAAAGAACUCGGCAGGAGUGCCAAAAAAUGCGACAAGGAGGAAAAGGCCGAAAAGGCCAAGAUUAAAAAGGCCAUUCAGAAGGGCAACAUGGAAGUGGCGAGGAUACACGCCGAAAAUGCCAUUCGCCAGAAGAACCAGGCGGUGAAUUUCUUGAGAAUGAGUGCGCGGGUCGAUGCGGUGGCUGCCAGAGUCCAGACGGCGGUGACGAUGGGCAAGGUGACCAAGUCGAUGGCCGGUGUGGUUAAGUCGAUGGAUGCGACGUUGAAGACUGUGAAUUUGGAGAAGAUCUCUGCUUUGAUGGACAAAUUUGAGCACCAGUUUGAGACGCUGGACGUCCAGACGCAGCAAAUGGAAGACACGAUGAGCAGCACGACUACGCUGACCACUCCCCAGAACCAAGUGGAUAUGCUGCUUCAGGAAAUGGCAGACGAGGCUGGCCUAGACCUCAACAUGGAGCUGCCGCAGGGGCAGACGGGCUCCGUGGGCACUAGCGUGGCUUCCGCCGAGCAGGAUGAACUAUCCCAGAGACUGGCCCGCCUGCGGGAUCAGGUGUGACGACAGAACCCACUCUGAGGUUUCCUGGCCGUAGCCACCUUCUGAAAUGCUCUGUAUAUUAUAUAUUAUACAGUAGAAACUGAACAUGCCAGAAUGCUGAAAUGCUCUUUACUUAAGAUGCUUCUACCUUUGGGUUUACAGUGCUGUCCAGAUACACUAAAAAAUUCCAGGCUUCCUCCAUCUUAACUGGAUUUUAAAGUUCCGUAUAGCUUGUGAUGUGUAUUUUUAUAGCUGCCUCUUAACAGAACUAGUUAAUUUGGUGUGUAUGAAUCUUUCUCAAAAAUUUGGUCAAAACUCUGUUCCGUGUAUUCAGUUUUCUGCCUGAAUUCAUCAAAAUUGAACUUUUUUUAAUUUAGUGUAAUUCGUAAUACCUAGAGUUGACAGGUGGUGCAUAAAAAUUAGAGAGAGGAGAAUGAUUACUUAAUUGAUUACAGGGCUGUCAACACCUCAUUCAACCUAAGGGGACAGUGCUAUCUAUUUCUGCGUAUUUUUUUUUUCUUUACCAUCACAUCCAGACUACAGUUCUAUUGAUCUGUUCUCAUAACUUAUACUAAAAUUAUGGUAGGGCAUUCUGCAUAAUAUUCUCUUACUGUUUAUGUUCCACAAAUUUUGUGUGGUAGUUAUUCUUUUAUAACUGGAAAAAAUGCCACAUAAUUUCAUUUAUUAGAAGUAAAAACUGCUCAUUUAUGUUUUCAUUUAUUAAAGAGUUUUUCAAAAGACACGGUUGAACAUGAGUUUCAAAUGAACAUCUUGAACACAUUUCUUGUUCUUUUCCUAUUUCAACACUUUAAUUAGACUUGUCAUAAAGUAUGUUAAUUAGCAUGGCACUCGUAUUACUCUAACAUUGCCAAAGAACUGUUGAUUGGUUUGCGAAAACCCUGGGGUGGUGUGUUUGUAGGUUUUCUUUAAUUGUUUAUAACCAAAAAUAGAUAUAAAAUUAGAACUGCUUUUUAAGUUCUAAUUAUUUGCAAUUAUUAUUUUCUUUUAAAGCAACAACCUGUUGAGAAAAACCUUAGAAAUAUAAAUUGGAUGUUUUAUUUAGCCAUGCAAAUAACUUAAAUAUACAUGCAGCCACCUGGACGUCUGGGAAGAGGGAAAGAUGCAGAAUGGGACAGCAGGCUUGACCCCUCUAAGGCUAGAGCCCAUCUGUGCUGCCUUUUGUCUUUCUGGAACAGCAGUAUGUAUUCUCUGGCUGCAAAGUAAAGCCUGUAGCCACCACUUUCUCAUGGCCUCCAAACAUGGAGAACAGUAACUUGCUUUGGCUUUGGCAAGUAUAUUAAUCUAAGUCAAAUACUUAAGGACAUUUGAAAUUCCCCUUUUCCUUCACUGGUAGAUUUCCCCAUAAAAGAAUUCCAGUGUUUCAGAAGAUACUUACAGGGACUCUUACAAGCCCUUUGAAAGAUUCAUGACCAAAUAGUCACCAUUACUUUUUCCAUUAUGAAUGAGUGUGUUUAAAAAAAAAAAAAAAUGAACAGGUAUAUGCAGAUGAGGACUGACCCUCAUAUUUAAGUGUCUUUAUAUCUGACUGGAUGUUGUUCUGAAGUCUUCCAUAAGAGACACCUGUCGAUUGUCUGCCCUGUAUCUUCUUUCUAGAACUCUCCCCUUUUGGUGUCUCUUCUCAUCCACAUGGUUGCACAGAAGCAGCUGUGUGAGUAUAGCAUGAGUCGUAACCCUUCUUUAGACUGGAAAAAAUAAUUACAACUUAAAAUAUAGCUAGUGUCAAAUCCUCUGGUAAAUUAAAGACCCUUUUAUAGUACAAAUAUUCCCAACAAAAUUAAUAUAUUUUGUGAGAUUAAACAAUGCUUGUAUAUGCUUGAACUUUCUUAAAAUAUGUUCAUUUCAAACUAUAUGAAUGUACAUUUUUAUGAACCGUAAAUAUUUUCAAAAGCAUACCAGGCCCAUGAAUUAUUUCCUCACUUUUGCAGUUGAUGAAAUGCUGAAAUGUAAGCCACAGAAGUUUGUCAAAUAAAUCAUUUUAAACUGCA